GUCGCUCGCGGCCUUCAGUCCUGCCUCUUCUUCAUCGCCGAACGGAUCGCGCCGCGAUCGAAUCGAUCGACUAUUAUCGAACGUCGCCGUCGAACUCCCGAUUUCCCUGGAAUUCCGAGAAAGUGCCCAACUAUGUCGAUCCUCACGGCAUACUGCCGCUGUCGCUGGCGAUCGGGAUGAUUUCAGCGCAAUGUCUAACGGGGAAUGACGCUCCCGCGCAGAUGGACCCGACGUCCAAGGUAUCGUUGACAGGUGCUCGCUUCGAUUUCGCGCUCGACAGCCUGAAGAGGGCCGCGCUGAUCGAGUCGAAGGACAACGUCUUCUUUAGCCCGCACAGUAUUCAUCAGGCCCUCAGCCUCGCUUAUUUCGGUGCCCGCGGCACUACUGAAGAGGCCCUGAAACGGGCCCUUCGAAUUCCCGAUCAGCUGUCCAAGAUCGACGUGCAGCGUUACUACGCCUUCGAGAGGUCGCUCAAUCAGAUGCGUGCUCAGAUAAACGGGUCCACGGAUUACGAAUAUAGGGUGGCCAACAGAUUUUGGAUCACGAACGUCAAGAAGCUGCGCGAGUGCAUGUUCGAUUUCUUCGAAGAUCAGCUGCAAGUGACCGAUUUCCGCGCGAAUCCCGCCGAGGUGCGGAUUCGCAUCAAUGACUGGGUCAGCAAUAUGACCAAAGGUCACAUCCGUGACCUCUUGCCGCCCAAUAGCAUCACCGAGGACACUGACCUGGUUCUGGCGAACGCAGUUUACUUCAAGGGCCUCUGGGCCCAGCGUUUCGAUCCCAAGAAUUCCAAACGCGACAUCUUCUACGCUUCCGGCACGCAAAACACCUACGCUACUUUUAUGCGUCAGAAGGGAAGCUUUAAUCACGUCGUCUCGGAAGAGCUAGGCGCGUACGUUUUGGAGCUUCCUUACAAGGGCGACGAAGUGUCCAUGUUCGUGCUGCUGCCGCCGUUCUCCACUGCGCGCACCCUCCUCCAGGAUUCAUCUUCGAGCGAACCACAGGACGGCAUCCGCCAGCUGGUGGAGCGGCUGGCGACCGCAAAGGGCGGCCGGGAGUUGCGCCAGCUCCUGGACGACGGGAUGCCGGCGCGCGAGGUCGAGGUCAGUCUGCCCCGCUUCGAGGUCGAGCGGGAGCUGCAGCUGAAUCAGCUGCUGCACGCCCUGGGCGCCGGAGAGCUGUUGACCCCCGGAGCGGCCGAUCUGCGCGGCUUCGUCGCCGAGGGCGAAGGAAGCCUCCACCUCGGUGACGCCGUCCAUCGCGCCCGCGUCGAGGUUACCGAGGAGGGUACCACCGCGGCCGCGGCCACCGCCAUCUUCACCUUCCGCUCCAGCAGGCCGACCGAGCCCGCCAUCUUUAACGCCAAUCAUCCCUUCGUCUACCUGAUCUACGACAAACGCGACCAAACCGUCCUCUUCACGGGCGUUUUUCGUUCACCCGCGCAUGCCUUGACCCCUGCCGCGGUUUAAUCCUUUUAAGGAUGAAUGAC